UCCACAGUUUCCAAGACAGCUGUCUCUCCAUGCAGGUCUCUUAUCUCGCAGGUCAACCAAUGUUUGCGCCCAUCCGCAUCGAUUUAUCUGCUGCAGUGUGCAGACAGGAGAUACAUCCAUAUAAAUUGUCGAUGGGUGCAUUUGUUUGAGGGCAAUCCAACAUGAGAAACUGUGGUGCACUCUAGACUAAAAAGUGACACCUUUGACCAGUUUCUUUAGGCAUGGAUGUAGGGUCCCUCAGCUUGUGUGGCUGCUGAGGGGGCACACACAUGGGUGCAGGUUGGGGUAUUUACAGAGGGACAUUGAUUAACGCGCUCACAUGCGUUCCGUUCAAUUUACUAAAGAAGAAAAAAAAAAACACAAGAUGUACAAUAUCCUGGAAACUGAGAGUCUAUAGCCAGGUCUGUCGUUGUGAGCAAACAGUGAAACCAAUGGCCUGUGCGCUGCGGAGUCACAUGGUGGCAGAGUGACACACCUGUGUGGAGCAGUGAGGGGCCACGCAGUUGCGCCAAAGGCAGGUGAGAGCAGAGGAAGGUCCACGCACGCCGAGGUUGGGCGCAGCAGCUCCGGUACAUGUGCGCGCAAACGGCCCCACAGCCCCGGGUCCUCGGCAGCCAUGAAUCGGGAAGAUCAUUACUACCCCUCGCAGGUUUUUAAAGACUCCUGCGCCUACCAGAGACCGCAGGGCGAGGACUACAGCCACAGCCCACCGCCCUGCCUCUACAUGAGCAGGCAGGUCCACUCCAUCUACACGCCGCCGGCCAUGGGAGUGCUGGAGCAGGCCGGUCUCUCUGACAUCGCCCCCUCUUACAGUCUGCCCGGCCUGAGAGAGGACCCGGGUGUGCCACAGCUCCACCACCCGCAGGGGCUCCAGCAGCAGACCCUCCAGCCCGCCGCAGGCUACGGAGACGCGGUGGAGCAGAGCAGAUAUCACCUCCCUUUCCCCUGGAUGAAAACUACAAAAUCCCACUCACACACCUGGAAGGGACAGUGGGCAGGUGCAUACGUGAUGGCUGAGACCGAGGAGAACAAGCGCACCAGGACUGCCUAUACACGCGCACAGCUGCUAGAGCUGGAGAAGGAGUUCCUGUUCAACCGCUACAUCUCCAGGCCGCGCCGCGUGGAGCUGGCGCUGACGCUCAGCCUCACCGAGCGUCACAUCAAGAUCUGGUUUCAGAACCGGCGCAUGAAGUGGAAGAAGGAGGAGGACCGUAGAAAGGCCAGGGGCCCGGACCCGGACCAGGACUCCUCUAUCACCUCCGGAGACCAGGGGGAGGCCGCUGGAGGCGUCUCCUCCACAAACGGACCUCACGCCGCCUCCCCACCCGUUUCCCCGCUACGCGCUAACUCUCUCUCCGCUGCUGGGUCUCGAGAAACAGCUUAGACCAGCAGAAGGGACUUACUAUGUCAACUACGACCCAGAGAUACUGCAGGGACCUUUUGAGAGGACUGGUUAAACUCAUGUUCCCCUUCUGCUCAUCUCCUUGACCCUCACUGGAUGUCACACUUGGAUGUUUCCUAUAUGGGCUGAGGGGACAUUGCUUUAAUCAACCUCUCCAUGCAUACUAUCACCUCCCUUCUGUUUAGAGGCAGCGACAUGGAUUCAGUUGCACAAACUUGUUUGUCAACUCACUCAUACAAGAAGCCUGUAUCACCAUCAUACUUAGGAAUGUAAAUACACAUGACUGCCAGGAAGAGGUUAUAUAUUUGCAAUGAUCACACGUGUAUAUAAGCCUACAGUGUAAAUUCUAAAACUAUAAUCGAUGAUCCUCGUAUUGUAUUAUUUAAAAGAAUCAUUUCACAGUAUGAACAGCCUGUCACAUGUAAAUUUAGAAUAAAACAA